UCCAUGGUUACAAGGGCGGAGCCAUCUUGUUUAUUUUGUGCUAGUACUUCCGGUGGAACAGCUGAGGCGUUCGCUAACAUUAAAAGCAAGGGCAAAAAGAAGUCAGGUAAAAUGACGAGUAUAAUUUGUGCAGUCCGUGGUUGCCAUAAAAAUUGGAGAAAAAGAAGAUUGUCUCUUCAGCAAGAGUGUUUUACUCACGGGAAGAAGCGAAUUGAAUGCUGUGGGCCAUCGUUUCAUCUAUAUCCGCCUCCUAGCGUUGAGGAAGACCGGCAUCUUUGGCUGAGGGCACUCCAAUUAAAAAAAACUCCAAAAAGACCCUAUGUCUGUUCGUUUCAUUUUGUGGAUGGUAGACCUACUACCCAACACCCGUAUCCCGAGAAAUGGCUUGGGUAUGAAGCUCCGGUGCGACGUCCGCGACGACAGCUUUGUUAGGCAAUCAGGUAAGUUCUCAGAACAUACUUUGCCAUAACGCGAGUUAGUAGCUGUGGUAACAUUCUCAAUGCUGCUGAGGCUGAGCCUGAGCUCGAGCCGGAGGGUGAUGGACAUCGCGACAUCGGAACGCAGUGGGAGGAUCAAUGCGUGACCGAUCACAACUAUGCUGCAAGACCUUUACUUCACCAACCUCUGCUGUGUGACCAGGCAACCCAGUGCUCAGCGAGCACUGCAAAAUAUCAAGAGCUUGUGCGAAAUGACAACCUGAGCCUACUUUACACUGGGUUGCAUCUGGAUGCUUUCACCUCUUUGGCUGAUGACCUAACCCGUGAUUUCUCUAACAGCUCUCAUAUUCAUCCGUGGGAUCAGGUCUUAAUGACUCUCAUGAAGCUUCGUCUGAACCUACUUCAACAAGACAUCGCAGAGAGGUUUCAGGUGUCACAGCCCUUUGUCAGCAAGGUAAUUUCUUUCUGGUUAGAGGUCAUGGAGGAGAGGAUGCGGCUUUACAUCCCUUGGCUACCCAGGGAGACUAUUAGGGCAACAAUGCCACAGUGUUUCAAAGAGCAUUAUUCAUUAACCACCUGUGUCAUCGACUGCUCUGAAACGCCCCUUCAGAAGCCCCACAACCUUGAUUCCAGAGGGGAGUCUUACAGCCACUACUAUGGACAAAAUACCAUCAAGUUCCUGGUAGCAAUUGCACCUUGUGGCCUUAUCAUGUUCGUGUCACCUGCAUAUGGAGGAAGGUGCAGUGACAAGUUCAUCACUGCAAAUUUCACCUCCACUACUACGAACAGCAUCGCUUGUCUCUGCCCAGGUAACAUCCAUCUUAAAGGUCACACUAAAGGUUAG